AUGGAAGCUGUAGAUUAUGAAAAAAUUUUUAAGGAUUCAAAACCGUAUAAUAUAUAUAAAGAAUUGGAAGAUAAAGUUAAAGAUGUAACAGAUGGCAAACAUUGUAGUGAAUUUGAAGAAAUAAAAUCCAGUCAAAAAGAUAAUUAUAUUACACUUUGUAAAAAAGUAUCUAAACUUUUAAAAUAUGUAUUUGAUCAGAGUAAUUCAGGGAAACGUAAAGAAUAUUGUUCACAUUAUAUAUACUGGGUAUAUCAUGAAAUAUGGAAAUUGUUUAAAAACGGUCAACAAAUGGAUGAUAUGCAUGUUAUUGAUAAAUUUAAUAAAUUACAGAGUGAUCUUUUUGUUAAGCACAGUAAGCGUGAUUGUUCUUACGGAUAUAUUCUCAAGGACUACGAGGAAUUGAAUUAUAAAAUAGAAAAAAAAUAUUUGUAUGAUUAUUUUAAAAACUAUAACACUAUUAAAAGUAGUAUUAAUUGUAAUACUGUUGGCAGUGAUAAAUAUAGAGCGUACCUUGAAGCUAUCAAAGAACUAUAUGAUAGAGAGAGUCACUGUUGUUGGACCGGGCUAUCAGAAUGUCCAGAUUAUAUUUUAACUUGCGAUGAUAAGUUUGAUCCUAGUAAACUCUUAUCCGCUUUAGGAUCUAGAGGUAGCGAGCGUUGUGAUGGAUUAAAUGAAAUUAUAGCUAAUUUUGAUGAAGAAAAAUUAAAUUCUGUGGUAACAGAUGCAGGAAUUUUAAACUCAAUUUCUCUUGGUACAUGUUUUAACCUGGAGAAUCACGAACUUACAUCAGAUGAUAGAAGACACCCACAUUGUAGUUUAUUAGCAACAUCUGUUACGUUAACUAGAAGUGUGCGUACAGACAGAAAUGAAGGACCAGAAGUAAUUGAUACAGAAUCCACCAGGGAUAUAUCGAAUUCAGGGUUUAGGGCAGAUCAGGAAGACGGAGAUCUAUCAAAAGGAUACCCAUUACAAGAAGGUCAACUUGAUGCAAAUGGAAAAGGAAGGGAUUCUGAUAGAGCCGAAGUAAAAAAAGUUGUACUUCCUAUGAAAGACGCAUCUGAUCAUUUUAGAUGGAAAAUUGAUGCAACCGGACAAUUAAAAUGUUCAAGUAAAAAUAAAAAAGAAGCUGAAUUAGCAAUGUGCAAUUUUAUGGAAGAACUGAUUGAAGGUGGUCAUGCUAAAAAAAUAGAAGGUACAGAGAAGUAUACUUUGGAUAUUCAAAAAGGAUGGACCAUUGAAAAAUUAAGAGUAUAUCGUGAAAGAAUAAGGAAAAGAUCAACUUAUGAAUCAAAUAUAUUAAACAACAUUUUUGUCCGUAUUUCUACUGGAGUUACUCUAGUAAUGGGAAUUAUUUUUAUAUUUUACCUUUUUUUUAAAUUUACUCCCUUCGGAUCACGUUUACGUAGACAUAGAAAGAGGAAACAAAGGUAUAGGUUUGAUUUUACCGAUUUAAGUACACGCAAACGACCAAGACGCUUCUUAAAACGCACUUAUAGGCAUUCUGACAGGAAGAGAUUUAACGUAGUAAAUAUAGAAGAUGAGCUUAAUUCAUCAAAUGAUUUACGGAAUAUCAACUGA